AUGGCUCAAGAUUCAGUAGGCCUUCCUUCUGAUUUUCAGUUUUGGAUGCGCAAGCUUUCUGUAUGGGACCAGGCAUCCACUUUGGAAACCCAACAAGACACCUGUCUUCACCUGCCUCAGUUCCAGGAGUUCCUGAGGCAGUUGUAUGAAGCCUUGAAAGAGAUGGAUUCAAGUGCAGUUAUUGAAAGAUUCCCCACAGUUGGUCAACUGUUGGCAAAAACUUGCUGCAAUCCUUUUAUCUUAGCAUAUGAUGAAAGCCAAAAAAUUCUAAUAUGGUGCUUGUGUUGUCUGAUUAAGAAAGAUCCACAGAAUUCUGGAGAAUCAAAACUUAACUCCUGGACACGGGGGUUGUUAUCUCAUAUACUUUCCACAUUCAGAUUUAAUAUAAAAGAAGUUGAUCUUUUUACUCAAGUUCUUGGGUAUGCACCCACAGAUUACUAUCCUGGUUUACUUAAAAAUAUGGUUUUAUCAUUAGUGUCUGAACUCAGAGAGAAUCAUCUUAAUGGAUUUAACACUCAAAGGCGAAUGGCUCCUGAACGAGUAAGGUCCCUGUCACGAAUUUGUGUCCCACUUGUUACUCUGCCAGAUUUUGAACCAUUGGUAGAGGCUCUGCUCACCUACCAUGGACAUGAACCUCAGGAAGUGCUCUGGCCUGAGUUCUGUGAUGCUGUGAAUGAGGCUUUUUUGCUGAAGAAGAUUUCUCUCCCCGCGUCAGCUAUACUCUGCCUCUGGCUUCGGCACCUUCCCAGCCUUGAAAAUACAAUGCUGCAUCUUUUUGAAAAGCUUAUCUCCAGUGAGAGACAUUUUCUGAGGAGGAUCGAAUGCUUUAUGAAAGAUUCAUUGCUGCCUGCAGCUGCCUGCCACCCUGCCAUAUUCAGAGUUGUUGAUGAAAUGUUCAGGUACGCACUCCUGGAAACUGAUGGAGCCCUAGAAGUACUAGCCACUGUCCAAGUGUUUACACGAUGCUUUGUAGAAGCUCUGGAAAAAGAAAACAAGCAGCUGAAGUUUGCAUUCAAGACCUACUUUCCUUAUGCUUCUCCAUCUCUUGUCAUGGUGCUACUCCAACACCCGAAAGAUAUCCCACAGGGACUUUGGCACCAGGCACUGAAACAUAUCUCUGAAAUGCUCAAAGAAGUAGUUGAAGACCAAACUCAUGGGUCCUACGGAGGCCCCUUUGAGAGCUGGUUUUUGUUCGUUCACUUUGGAGGAUGGGCGGAUAUGGCGGCUGAGCAGUUACUGACGUCGGAAGCUGAGGCUGAAGCUCCAGAGGCCCUGCUGUGGCUCCUGGCUUUCAGCUGUGGUCCAGGAGCUGGGCAUCAGCAGAGAGCACAGACCAUGGUGGAGGUCAAGGCAGUGCUCAGCUGCCUCAUGAAGCUGCUCAGGAGUCCAACCCUCUCGGCCAGGGAUCUGCAGGCAGCAGCUGGAGAGGGCGGGGAGGGAGCUCCCAGACCGCCUGCCUGUCAGCAGCUGAUCAGGCGCCUCCUCCUGAACUUCCUGCUCUGGGCUCCCGGAGGCCACGCGAUUGCCCGGGAAGUCGUCACGCUCAUGGCUCAGACUGAUGCAGUAAUGCACGAGAUUAUUGGCUUUCUGGACCAGACCUUGUACAGAUGGGACCACCUUUGUGUGGAAGCCCCUAGGUCGAGAAAACUGGCCAGAGAGCUCCUUGCAGAGCUGCGUGGGCAAGCCUAGCCCAGGCCAGUUAACCAGGGAGGCUACGCGAGGAAAUGCUUCCUCUGGCUGCUGGAACAUUCCAGGGCUUCCCCUCAGCCUGAGGCGGCUGGGCCCUGCUCAACCCCUGGCGGGUGUGCCCGGCCUGGCGGGUGUGCCCGGGCCACCACCACGUGUACCCUCACUCUGCUGGGCUUCCCACGAGCCACCUCUGUGCAGAGGGGCCGCACCCUCCCCAGACCGCAGACCUGA